CCGAGUGACGGCGGCGUCGGUGCGAGCGGCCGCCGAGCUUCAGUCAGCGGUGUGGCCAUGGCCGGCUCACGGGCGCCCGGGCACUCGCUGCUGCCGCCCGCCGGCUUCUUCUUCUUGUUGGCGGGGUUGUGCAGCUGGCCGGGGAAGUGUUAUGGAAGUUCGGGUACAGUGCUGCCUGAGACACUACUAUUUAUAUCAACUCUGGAUGGAAGCUUACACGCUGUCAGCAAGCAAACAGGUUCAAUCAAAUGGACUCUGAAAGAAGAUCCUGUGCUUCAAGUGCCUGUGCAUCUAACAGAACCGGCAUUUCUUCCUGAUCCUAAUGAUGGCAGCCUUUAUACACUGGGAGGGAAAAACAAUGAAGGACUGACUAAACUUCCAUUCACAAUUCCUGAGUUGGUUCAGGCAUCACCUUGCCGAAGUUCUGAUGGUAUACUGUACAUGGGAAAGAAGCAGGAUAUCUGGUAUGUUGUGGACCCGAUGACUGGUGUAAAGCAGCAGACUUUAACAGCUUCUUUUGCAGAGAGCAUGUGUCCGUCAACACCCCUACUCUACCUUGGACGCACAGAGUACACGAUCACCAUGUACGACACUAAGAACCGGGAGCUGCGAUGGAAUGCCACCUACUUUGAUUACUCUACCACCUUACCAGAUGAAGACACUGAAUACAAAAUGCUGCACUUUGUCUCAAACGGAGAUGGCCUGGUGGUGACUGUGGACAGCGAAUCGGGUGACGUUCUGUGGAUUCAGAAUUACGCUUCACCCGUGGUGGCUGUGUACAUCUGGCAGCGGGAGGGACUGAGGAAAGUGAUGCACACGAAUGUUGGCGUUGAAACCCUUCGCUACCUCACGUUCAUGUCGGGAGAGGUGGGCCGAAUCACGAAGUGGAAGUACCCCUUCCCGAAGGAGACAGAAACCAAACAAAAGCUGAUGCCGACUCUGUAUGUGGGAAAAUACUCCACCAGUUUGUAUGCCUCAUCGUCUUUGGUCCACGAAGGAGUGGCUGUUAUGCCACGAGGCAGUGCAUUCCCAUUACUUGAAGGCCCGAAAACAGAACAUGUUACGAUCGCAGAUCAUGGAGAAUGUGAUACCACCCCCAGUAUUGAUGUUAAGUUCACAUCGGGUGUCAAAAACACAAUCAAUUAUCUGAGGAACCAGUGGUUUCUGAUAGGUCACCAUGAAAUGCCACUAGCAGCCCACACCAAGAUCCUUAAUGACUUUCCUGAAAAUGUGCAGAAAAUUCCAGAUGAUAUCAUCGCCACCAGCCCACAGAACAACCUAUUUGAAGAUCGUUUCCCAAGCAUUGAUGAAGUUGCAGAGGAUUUUGACAUUCUUAAUGACCUCAAAGAAAAAUAUAGCAAAUCGCAACCCAAGCAUGAAGCUCCUGUGGAUUCGGUGCUCAAGGAUAUGGCCACAAUAGUCUUCAGUACCUUUCUACUGGCAGGAUGGGUGGCUUUUGUCAUCACCUAUCCUAAGACUGUGCAGCAGCAACAGUUGCAACACGAACAGUUUCAGAAGCACCUGGAGAAAAGACUGGAACUCAUGCAGAAGCGCCAGCUCGUUUUCCGCCCUCCGCUCUUGGGUCCGGAGUCCGAAUUCAUGGAAACGCCCAGACUGAGGACAGAAAGCUCCAGCACCAAUACACCAAGUGCAUCACCGAGAGCAUCCAACCAUUCGAUGUACUCGAAUCAUUCCAUCUCUGAGUUUGGCAGCUCAGCCACGGAACAAGAAGAUGGAGAUGACGAUUCUGAUAUCGUGAGAGUUGGGAAGAUUGUGUUUCAUCCAAAGGAUGUCCUGGGACAUGGCGCUGAAGGGACUAUUGUGUUCAAGGGCAUGUUUGAUGACCGACAUGUUGCAGUGAAAAGGAUUUUGCCAGAAUGCUUCAGCUUUGCAGACCGAGAGGUGCAGCUGCUUCGUGAAUCCGAUGAGCACCCGAACGUCAUCCGUUAUUUCUGCACCGAGAAAGACCGUCAGUUCCAGUACAUAGCCACUGAGCUGUGUACAGCCACUCUGCAGGAAUAUGUUGAACAGAAGGACUUUGAUCGCCAUGGUUUGGAGCCCAUAAUUCUACUUCAACAAACCACAUCUGGCCUGGCUUAUUUACACUCACUCAAUAUUGUUCACAGAGACUUGAAACCGCACAACAUACUAAUCUCCAUGCCCAAUGCUCACGGGAGAGUGAAAGCCAUGAUCUCUGAUUUUGGUCUCUGCAAGAAGUUGGCAGUGGGCAGGCACAGCUUCAGCCGCAGGUCUGGGGUACCAGGCACUGAAGGCUGGAUUGCUCCAGAGGUACUGAAUGAAGAUUGCAAGGCAAAUCCGACAUGUGCAGUGGAUAUUUUCUCUGCUGGCUGUGUGUUCUAUUAUGUGAUCUCAGAAGGGAGUCACCCUUUUGGAAAGGCCCUACAGCGACAAGCCAAUAUCUUGCUGGGUGUCAGCAACCUUCAACAUUUAAAACCUGAUGUACAUGAUGAUAUUGUCGCUUGUGACUUGAUUCAAGAGAUGAUAAACAUGGACCCUCAAAAACGCCCCUCUGCCAAGUGUGUCCUGAAAAAUCCUUUCUUUUGGAGUCUUGAGAAACAGCUUCAGUUUUUCCAGGAUGUCAGUGAUCGAAUAGAAAAGGAGCCUUUGGAUGGACCAAUAGUAAGAGAACUGGAGAGAGGAGGGCGAAGUGUUGUUCAGGGUGACUGGAAACUGCAUAUCACUGUACCUCUGCAAACAGAUCUCAGAAAAUUCCGUUCAUACAAAGGGAACUCAGUGCGAGAUCUGCUACGUGCAAUGAGGAAUAAGAAACACCACUAUAGAGAAUUGCCUGAGGAUGUGCAGGAAACUCUGGGCUCAGUCCCAGAUGAGUUUGUUUGCUAUUUCACUCUCCGUUUCCCCCACCUAUUACUCCACACAUAUUUGGCAAUGCAGAUCUGCAGCCAGGAGAGACUCUUUCAUCCAUACUACUACCAGGAAGCAGCAGAACCAAGGCAAUUAGUCCUGUCGGUCACUGACAACUUUCAAUAAACCAAAGGAUGGAAGGCUGAAAGGGAAACUUUUCAAUUUCAGAAUGCAUUCCAGCCACCGGGCCUUUUAAGGAUUAGUGUGGCAAGUAUAAAGAGACUACUUUUGGCAGAAUGACACUUGCAAAAUAAAGAUGUCGCCAAACUACUUUUAAGUGCCUAUUGAAGCUGUGCGCGAUCUGCAGGAUAAUCUGAGGCAGAAUGUGAAUGUAGUUUUCCAGUAGAUGGAUCUACAGUUUGACUGCCUCUACAUUUUUUAAUACAAGAAAAUAUUUUCCUCACAGGAAGAAAAGUUUUUUUUAUAUAUAAAGUAAGAAAAGUCAUGGUGACAAAUGUUGUUCUGGGCUGUUGCAUGUUUUAUUGUUUCAGGGGAGAAGUUCUAAUCUUUGGAAGAGGAUAUCAAACAUGUUAAAACCCUGAAGUAUCAAUGAGUUUGCAGGUGGCAGCCAGGUUUACUUGGCUACGGCUGCUGUAAGGAUUAGAGCAGAUCCUAUAUCACCGUGGAUUAGUUCAUCUGAAUCAAUAGGGCAGAUCAGCAGAGUAUAGUGAUCCACAACAUUUCUUGGUCCAUUGAUACUGAAAUAAUAGUAAAACAAAAUGCCAUGUAUUCAUUUCCCAUAAACAGGGCAUGAAUGUUUAAUCAGCAGGAGAUUGGUUAUCCACACAAAACAAUAAGCCCAUUGAAAGCUGUGCUUUCAGACCUCCCCGCGCAGGGUUUUAUACUGGGGCAUCGUCCUUGUUUUAAAAAGUCUUGAAUUUAUUGCUUUACGUCACUACACUGUUUUUGUAAUUUUUCAUCUUUAAGUCCAAAUACUGAUGAUCAUUUUCCAGGUUUACACUGUUGAUGAAUAAGUGUUUUACACACAAAAUUAGCCUGAACUGUCUGCAUGUCUGUUUAAAUUGGGACAAAAUGCACUGAAGGUUGGAUUGCCUGUAUAUCUAUCCUCUGCCUAAUGUAGCAUAAAGUAACUACAUUUGUGCAGGGAUAUGGAAACUGAUGCAUGUGGAGGGCUAAUGGAUUGGCCCCUGUUGCAUUUCUUGCCCUGCUUGAGUUUUUUUUAAAAAAAUCAACUGUUGUCUUUGCAGAAAAAAGUUGAGAUAUUAAAUCAUUUUGCCUCCCAUCUAUUUUCUUAUUUUAUCCCUCCCUAGCUCCUGUGCAUUGAUUCUCAUCUGAGAUGGCACAAACUUGAGGUCAUCAGGGCAAGGUAGUGCAAAGGUAUGUCCUAUCCUUUGUGUAAAAUUUUCCUCCUUUACUAUAGGUACCUGAUCUCUAGCUAACUCCCUGGCAGGAGUGCCGUGAUCACCUACUCACGGGCAACACCAAUCCUACUGCUGUUCUGAGUGACAGCUGUGCUUGUGGUAAAAGAUCUGUAUUUGGCACUUACAAUGAAAAAUCGUUAUUUCACAAGGCAGUGCAGUCUAUGUUUUAAUUAUCAGUAUAAUCUUUUUUAUUGUGCCGAUAAUUAAAAGCAGUAACUUAUUUAUUUAUUGGGGGGGUUAUCUUUAUAUCUGAUGAGUGAUAGGUUUGUCUUUUCAAUGUUUAAUGUACAGAGCUGAUUUUAGAGCAUGUUUUUUUUCUGCAUUGGUUUGACUUUGUUUGCAGUGUAAGAUGUUUCUGCCAAGUGUUAAUUUUGUGUUGGUUUUGAAAGAUAAUGUGAAAAUAAUCAGCAUUGCCUUCACUAUAAGAGUACGUGAAAUGUGAUUAAGCUUUAUCCUUUAUUUUGGCAAUUGCACUAAAAAAUUUAAUCUGUCAUUAACUUUAAUGGUUCAUAUGAUGCAGUUCCAUUGACGUGUUUAAUUUUGUUAUGUAUGUCAUGAAUCGGGAUUGACGUUAACUAAUGAUUUCCAUUUUGAAGUCUCAAUAGUGAUUUAAGCAUUCAAAGUGCACAUUCAAUCUCUGUUUCACCCCUAAGUGUUCCAGAACACUGGAGUUCUCCCUUUUGUUAUUCAAAGUGAAAAUCCGUCAUAUUGCUAUCACCAACAUUUCCAGUCUUCAGCCACAGUGACUUUUUAAAAAGAAUAACCUAGCAUUUCAAUUCUGACCAAACAGUUUUUUGUCAGAUUUCUGGUAAAUGGACUUCAGAUGCAGAUCAGCAAUGAUCUAAUUGAAAUGGGGCAAACCCGAGGGACUAAACAGUCCCCUCCUGGUCCUGUGUGGAAUGGUAAAGGCCCAUUGACCUGUUCAAGCUCAUCUAGCUGGAAGUAACCUGCAGUCUGAUGCUUACCUACUGUCAGAUGGGCUGAAUUCACAUUCACACUAGUCCUUAAAUGCAAAGUGUUUAGUUCACAAGUUGAAUACUCUCAUUCUGUUUUAAAAUGCAAGAUUAAUUGAAACUGCAUCUUUUGCUUUACAAGUUGAUCUCUAAUGUACCGUUCCUGCAAAUUGCUGAUUCACACUCUUGUUUCCCCAUGUGGUAAACUUUACUGGGGCAACAAGUCAUUUGUAGACUAUUGAGAUGGCUUUUAGUGAUUAAGAUAUGAUGUUUAAAUCUGGCACGCCUUAUUCUGCCCAUUAUCUGCCUUCCUGCACAAUAUUCCAGAAUCAUCCUGGAAUUGACUUCCUUUUUCAACAAUAUCUUGCCCACCCUUGUUUCCAUUGACAAGUGUGAGGAACUCAUGGACUUGUUUGUCACUAAGGUUGAGACCAUAGUCUGCUGGUUCCCUCCCUUCCCUAGGCCACUGGCCAAACUUUCUCCAAAGUGUUUCUCCCAUGCAUUAACAUCCUGUUCCCCUCAUUCCAUUCCCACUAAAUUGAUGAACACCUCUCCCUAGCUUCCAUGGUAGUGGAGACUGGCAAUGGUUCUCUCUCCCCUUGGAUACUGUUGCCCUUCUUAAACCUGCUAUCACCAUCCCUCUAAAAACAUCCGUUGGCUUCUGACUACAGCCUCAUCUCUGAACCCCAUCUCUCAACUCCAUGAGUGUGCUGUCACUUCCCAGAUCCAUAGCAUCAUUCCUAGAACUGUUUGAAUUCUUGGUCAGUAGGUUCCUGGUCCUGUCUCAGACUGAAGCAACUGUUUUUAUUAAACUCAGUAAUCAUGUCCUGAGUUGACUGACCAUUGUAAUCUAUCUUGCCCUACGUUCACAAACUAUCUGCAGCCUUUACAUGGUUGACCAAACCAUCCUCCCUCAGCGCCCCUCCACCGAUGGUCAGCUGGGUGAGAUUGCAGUCACAGAGUCCAGAGAAUUAUCUGCAAUGGCUUCUGCUUGUCAAAGAUCUAUCCUCAGACACCCCAGUUUUCUCAACUACAUCAGAAAGUGCCCUGGAGACGGGAGCUGUGCUGCAUCACCACUACUCUGGAGUUCUACUGCCUCAAAAUUCUGAAAUGAACAGAGGUGUCCUCCAAGAGAUGCUACGAAAAUUGAUAUCAUUGCCUUUGGUCCCUGCCACAACCUCUUCUUCAGCCACCGACUCUACCUUGACGAUUGCCUGAGGCUGAACCAGACUUUGACACCAUAUUUUCCCCAGAAGUGAUCCUUGGAACCCACGCCCACAUUGUUAUAACUGUGCCUGACACUGCUCCUGUCGAAGCCAUGUCUUUAUUACCAGGAGACUUGACUGUUCCUACACUGUUUCUGCGAGACUCCGUUUGUAAACUGCCAUUGUCCUAUUACCUGAGCUCUCAAACUACGUUCUCCUUCAGUCAAGUUGAUUUUAAAAUUCUCACCACUAUUUCAGAUCUCUCCAGGGGCUUACAGUAUUUCUGUGAUCUCCUUUCCCUUUUAAGAACCUGAGUAACCUCCAUUUCAUCCUUUCCCAAACCCUCCUAUUCCUCAUUCCUCACUUUACAGGCUCCUUAAUCCCAUCUCUCAAGGUUUUGGUCAUCUUUCUUAAUACUUCCUUGUGUGUCUAUAUCAAAUUCUGUUUGGCAAUUGCUCUGUAAAGCAUCUUUUGCCAUUUUGAACAGUAAAGUUGAACAGAAAAGGUGCUUUUUUUAUAAAAAUAUAUUGUUUCUAGACAUAUCCUAAAAUUUAGAGAUGAGCCCACAGAUGCUGGAACCUGGAGCAAAAAUAUGAGCUGCUGGAGGAAGUCAGCGGGUCAGACAGCAUCAAAGGUCUUGACCUAAAACCUCAACACUCCAUUUCCCUCCUCAGAUACUGCCUGAUCCGCUGAGUUUCUCCAGCAGUUUUUUUUAUCCUAAAAUCUGUCCGUCGAGGAGGUGAAACGUUCCGAUAUAAAUGAGCUGCAAGCUGACCAGGAGAGUUAUUUCUCCUUAUCUGGUGUAUGUUAUAAAAUUACACCAGCAUGAAACAAUUGACAUCUAAUUUCCCUAAAUUAAAGAUGUACGGAGAUAUUCUACAAAAUGUUUCUUCUUCACGUGGCAAACUAAAGUGCUUUUAUUGGAGUGAGUCAUCAGAGUUUGUAGAGGAAUGGAAUAUAACUGGGGGUGGUCAUUGAUGUAACAAUUUGCCAUCAAAUAGCUAUUUAGGUGAAGGCUGUUUACAUUAGAUAAUGCUCAAUUUAAGUUUGGCUUGUCCUCCAGUAAUUAUUAGACAACCGUGCCUUUAUGUAGCUGAUCUGUACAGAAAAACAAAUGGCUGAAACUGCAGGAAGCUCUGGUCUGUUGACAGUCGAAUGGCUGAAACUGCAAGAGCUCUGGUCUGUUGACAGUCGAAACCACAAGCUCAUUAACUACCCAAACAUAGGGAUGUGGUACCAACCAGCUAAAUCCUUCCAGAGUGUUCAGUACAGUGUACUGAGCUUAUGGAUUUGUUGUGUAAAUUUUGCCUAUAGUAUGCAACGUUUAUAAAAUUUGAUUCAGUUGCUGUGAAAGGGAGAUGUAGCAGUUAAGAUAUAUUUAUUAUUGUGCGAUACAGUGAUAAAGUACAAAUUUGAUCUGAUGAAAAGAUACAUAACCUAUACGUUUGUUUGGACAUGAAUUGUGAAAAGCAUUAAUAAUUUUGGAUGUGUGCAAGAAAUAAGCAAAAACUGCAGAAUUGAACUUUUUUUUACUGGAUCUCUGAAUUAUUUAUGAAUUGUCUUAGACUUACACAGUUGCAAUGGUAAAUCAUGCUUUAAAAUACUGGGAAUGUAAUUUUUUAUUUGUUGCUCUGGGUUAAUGCAAUAAAAUAUUGAAAUAUCUUC